AUGUCCCCUUUGAUGCUGGUCCCCUCAGACCUAUCCAAGGAGGAGGCUGCUGCCGCUGCCGCCCCUGUUACUGUGCCUGCCCCUGCCCCUGCCGCGCCCGCUACUGCUACUGCCGCGGCUCCUUCUCCCUCUCUCCCCCUUUGUGUCUGUGGGGGCCGCCCUCAGGCUGUUUUUCGUCGUGUUGACGAAUGUGUGGCCGGCCCCCAUCGCAAGGGGAGCCUUUGUCUUUGGGCCGCCGCCGCCCCCAGCGGGCACUCUCAGGGUCACUGUCGGAUGAUGGGCGAAAUGUCCAUUUUUUCGACAGUUCGACGGGUGACAUGCUAG